GUUUCGGACAAAAGAGGUCCGGAUUACUAGCGAGGUGUAUUCGAAAAUAAAAGUCAGAGCAUCUUGUCAGACGGACUCGAUCGCCCAUCUGCAUCGACUCUGCCAAGAUCGUGCCGUACCGUAUAGACAGACCGAGACAGACAUAGGUUCAUACAACUACAGAUAUAAUGGGCAUUGGUGUGGAGUUGUGGAGAGCUCUUGUUGGGUUGUUCAAUGGUGGAAGAGGAGGGCGGUCACGUAAAGCUUCCCUGGCUCACCAGAAGCUACAGUGUGAUGUCACGAUGGUGUUACGGACCCAGUGCUGCACUACCAGCCAUCGGGAUAAGUUUAUGGUUGAAUCAGUACUAAAUAAUACCAGUAACAGAGCUCCUCCCAGUAACUGUCGUGAAGAUGUGGUUCCUGAAAAAGGAUCUGUGACUAACCGUAGCCGCAAUCACUCCUCAAGUAUUCGUCUUGGCCUCACCCUGAUGUUAAUACUUGUCUUCGUCUCUCUUCUCCUGUUAUUGGCCGGAGAUGUUGAGCUAAACCCUGGACCUGGACUUGAUACCGUUCUGACUAUCUCUGACAUACUUGAGGUGUAUGAGAAGGUGAGGAGUGCUAGUCCGGACUGGUUCAACUUGGGACUGGCGUUAAAGCUGAGCUAUACCGACUUGACCAAUUUUCGUGAUACGUACCGUGGUGACAAUGAUGUGUGUUUGCGUGAGACCCUAGCUCGUCGACUGCAGUCUGGUGGACCUCUAACUUGGGAAGGUAUAUGUACUGCUCUCAAACACCCUACAGUGAAGAGAAAUUAUGUAGCUGUGGAGAUAGAGAAACACUUUAAAAGUAGGGAGAGAAAAGAAGUUGAGAGAACUCAGGGCACUAAGGAAAGUACAAGCAGUCUGACAGUCUGCAAAAAAUCCAUAUCUCCAAGCAGAGAAGAAUUAGAAGCAGAUUCGAUGAAGAUGGAAAUCCAGUUCAGCGCUCUUGUGUCAGAUCUAUUGAAGUCACUUCAAAUUCGAAGAAUUUCGAAAGGGUCUGUAGUAGCAUCCUUGGCGGGGUUUAACACUCUAAAGAAGGUGUUUGGCAGAAGAAAUCAGUGUGUUUUCAGAGCUCAAAGAGGGAAGCUUGAUAAAUGUUCAACUAUCACAGACGUUUGGAAAAUUAUUGCCGACUAUUUCUCCUUCUUUAACUAUGAAAUAGUUGAUCAGAUUACAAACAGUUUAGGAACAGACGAGGACAAAGAAAAUAUGAAACUCUACAAAACCUGUUUUAUUGAGUAUGCUAGGAGGCGACUCGUGAAAGAAGAGAUUAGUUCAGACUCUAGAGAAGAUACCGUCACUAUGAUUGUAAAGCUCGAUUCUUCCUACGACAAUUGUGAACUGAGUCGAUUGAAGUUAUUUGAAUGGAAUCUAAGUUCCAUCUUGAACCUGAAUGAUGUUGUUCUAAAACUCGGUAAAAUUGACGAUGGUUGUAUCGAACUAACAUUUCUGUUGCCAUCUUUCAUUACGAGUGACAUCUUUCCACUGUCAACUGAUCAAGAACGUGCUCUGCAGAGUCAAGGGGUCUUACAGCUACACUGUGGGGAUGUUCAUUAUCCAGCUGAGCAGCCUGUACUCGAGGCUAAGGUCCAAACAAAGGGGCGUGUCUACUAUCCAAGGGACUUACACAAAGCUGCCAGGGCUGGUGACUUGAGUGCUUUGCAAGAUGCUAUCAUGAGGGGAGAGGAUGUCAACAGUGUGGAUGAGGAUGGGUGUACUCCACUCAUAGCGGCAGCUGUUGGAGGUCACGCUGACAGUGUUAAAGAGCUGCUCUCCUCAGGAGCCGUGGUGGACCUGGCUGACAAGGGUGGGUGUACUCCACUCAUGUGGGCAGCCAUGUUUGGUCACACCGACUGUAUUAGAGAGCUACUCUCCUCAGGAGCAGUGGUGGACCUGGCUAACAAGGAUGGGCAGACUCCACUCUAUUGGGCAGCCAGGGGAGGUCACACUGACUGUGUUAUACAGCUACUCUCCUCAGGAGCAGUGGUGGACCUGGCUAACAAGAAUGGGAGUACUCCACUCAUGAUGGCAGCCAGGGGAGGGCACACUGGCUGUGUUAGACAGCUGCUCUCCUCAGGAGCCGUGGUGGACCUGGCUGACGAGGAUGGAUGGACUGCUCUGAUGGUGGCCAAGGAAUCAGAAUCCUCUAACCCUUCAGUAAUAAAGCUGCUGGAAGAAGCUACUGAAUCACAUGACCAUGAUACAGUCAGAGAAGAGGUGCCUUCUAAAUUAGGACCAUCCGCUAAACGAGUCACUCUUCAAGAACUAGUAGAGCAAUACAAUCUGACUGACGAACAACUCAACAGUGAAAUAGAGGUUCCUGAUACUCCCGAAUUGGCCUUAUGUUUUGAUGAUGUGGAACUUUAUUCAACUGCAAUGGGGCUAGCUAUUGCUGAACAAGCCGAUGUGAACCAAUCACGUGGAACUCAAGCAGCCAUGAUGAAGUGCUUGCAAAUCUGGAAACAACAUAAUCCUUCACAAGCAACUUACAGAGCUCUACUGGAUAUCGCACUGAGAUUGGGAAAAGGAGACACAGCUCAUCAAAUCUGUCAGCAAUUGACCCAACUCAAUAUUCAAAACCGAACCUACUUAAAAAAACUGGAUGAGCUGAUGGCCGACACAAGUGGCACUAUAGAGCUACAUUAUCUCAAGACGCACUUCAUUGGUCCCUCGGGUCUUGGCAAAACGACCACUCGACAGCGGCUUGUUGGAUCCAUCACUAACCUGUCUUUGCUGCCUGAAGAUCAAAGGAAACGUUGCAGUACAUUACUAGCCGAGUGUGAACAAGUAUUGGCCUUUGUGGACAAAUCUGGAACAAAGCUUGAAUUCAAAGCAUCUUCAAGUCUAGAGGAAGAAACACAGUUUAUCUUCUCUUACCUUAUGUCCUGUGAACCUAUUGAAGACAGCACUGUCAGCAAUACUAGUACACCUAAGGAACAGCCCAAAAAAGAAACCACUCACCAAAAGAUUGAAGACAGCACUGUCAGCAAUAUUAGUCUACCUAAGGAACAGGCCAAAAAAGAAACCACUGACCCAAAGAAGCAAACUCAACUCAAGAUCGAUGAAGCUGCUACUGUACCCAAAGAAACGGUAUCACCAACACCAGAACCACCGGAAAAGGUCGUGAAAGUGACCACUGUAGAUGUUGGAAAGGUUGUCUCGAGACUCCGGAGUAUUGUGGGUUCAGGAGAGUACACUAAAGAGCUGCUGAACAAAGUCCUACUAAAUCUGGUCGAUAUAGGUGGGCAGCCUGGAUUCAUGGAGAUGUUUCCUUUUCUAAGCAAAGGCGCAGGGAUUUUCCUAGUAUUCUUUCGACUGGACAAAGACCUCAAUGACAUGUGUCAAGUCUCCUACGAACGAGGAAAGGACAAGAUCACACCGUACGAUUCAACGUACACAAGCAGAGAAACGCUCUCUCAAAUCCUGUCAGCUAUCAGCCACCAUACCAAGAUUGACUCGGACAUUGACAGAGAGCAGUGUAGUAAACUGGGAAAUCUAGGCUCUGCUAAGCCUGUUGCUACCCUCAUAGGUACUUUCAAGGAUGAACUGGCAAUGCAAAUCAAAGUCGAUCUCCUGUACGAGAAAUGUUGUGCCUCCACAAAAGCUGUCAAGCGUCAUUGUACCACUGCCAGCAAGAGCCAUAGUGCCACUGCCGACAAGAGCGAUGGUACCACAGCCAGCAAGAGCGAUAGUACCACUGUCGAAAAGAGCGAUAGUACCACUGCCAGCAAGAGCGAUAGUACCACUGCCAGCAAGAGCGAUAGUACCACUGCCAGCAAGAGCGAUAGUACCACUGCCAGCAAGAGCCAUAGUACCACUGCCAGCAGGAGCGAUAGUACCACAGCCAGCAAGAGCGAUAGUACCACUGCCAGCAAGAGCGAUGGUACCACAGCCAGCAAGAGCGAUAGUACCACUGCCAGCAAAACCACUGCCAGCAAAAGCGAUAGUACCACAGCCGACAAGAGCGAUAGUACCACUGCCAGCGAGAGCGAUAGCACCACUGCCAGCGAGAGCGAUAGCACCACUGCCAGCGAGAGCGAUAGCACCACUGCCAGCGAGAGCGAUAGCACCACUGCCGACAAGAGCAAUAGGACCACUGCCAGCAAAACCACUGCCAGCAAGAGCGAUAGUACCACUGCCAGCAAGAGUGAUAGUACCACAGCCGACAAGAACGAUAGUACCACUGCCAGCAAGAGCGAUAGCACCACUGCCAGCAAGAGCGAUAGCACCACUGCCAGCAAGAGCGAUAGUACCACUGCCGACAAGAGCCUAUAUGAACACGAACAAAAGAAAGCAAUUCGGAACAUUUUGACUCAACAAAAGAGUGAUGAGCCUGCUAACGUCAGUGCAGAAGACAUGGCUGCCAUUGAGCAAACAGUCAGCCAACACCUCAACUCAGACACUUUCAAGAAAGAUGUCCAAGACCGCUUAGAGCAAAAGUUGACAGAGAAAAACGAAGCUGUGACCAAGAUUACCAGCAAGUUUGAGAAAUUACUUUCAAACCCAAAAGACAAGAAGUUCAUAGCAGUCGACAACUAUGAAGGCACUGAUUCUGAUAUGGAACCUCUUCGUGAACAUCUUCAUGGCAUAUUUAGUAGCUAUUUCAAAGAUGCCAAGCUUCGAAUUCGCCCACAACAGCUUUUGUUGGGAGUUGUACUGAGAAAAGAGUUUGACAUUGUGUCUAUGGAAGAAUGCAUUCGUAUCGGUACCGAGGGGUUAAAGAUGACAGAGAAGGAAGUUCGAUUCACCGUUUGGUACCUGGAUCGGUACGUUGGAGCUUUAAUCUAUCACCCAGAGAUCAAGGAUAAAGAUGGUUGGUUUGGAAACUUUGUCAUUUGCAACCCCCAAGUGGUAUUCAACAGCCUCAGUGUUCUCGUUGUCAAGCCGCUGCUGGAGCUCCAUUCUGAAGAGGGCAAUAUUCAGUUUAAUGAUAAUGAGAGAAAAAAUUGGAUACUCAUGGGUCAAUUCUUACUGAAAACAAUCACUCGAUGCCAUUCGGAGGAAAACCAUGUGGACCAGUUGAUUCCUGUUGAGAAGCUGCUCAUACUGCUCGAGCAUUCCCACCUUUUGGCCAAAAUCACAACAGUGGAGGAAGACCAUACCACAGAAGAAGUUGAAACGACAUAUUUCAUCCCCGCUAUUCUCAAGUGUGCAUCUCGCGAGGAACUAACGAAACCACCCCCCACUGGCAUUGAUACACCCUCUCCAAUCAAGAUCACAUUCAAACCCCAAUACGUUCCCAUUGGAGUAUUUUGUGCCAUGAUCAGUGAAUUGGUCUCAAGGGGGAGUACUGGAAUUCUGGGCAUGACUUGGAAACUUGCCACUGAUACCUCAGUAAAGAGAAACCUCGUCUCCUUUCACAUUGACGAAUCUGCCAAGCAUUUUGUUACCCUUAUCGCUAACGUCGAUUGCUAUGAGAUACGGAUUAUUCGACAGGACAGGGACCAUACGAUGCACGAGCUUUGUUCCUACGUCCUCUCAACCCUCCUGUUGGUGAUGAAGGACAUCAGUCCACUACUCACUCCAAUCAUUGCCUUCGACUGCUACUGUGGCAAACAUGAAGAUGGUUCCAAGCUUUGUCUCCUCACACCUGGAGCUGAUCCCUGCUUUAAAUGCACCAGCAAAGUCUCUCUGAGUCCUCACCAAGAAUGCUGGUUCGCAGAAGAAGUCAGCCUCGGGGAUGAUGUGUUCCUCCUUGCCCUGCCCUUUGCCUCUAAGCGAGAGUUGAGGGACAAGAGCCUCUCUUUCGAGUGGAGCAAGAGAAGACCCAGAAUUAGUGGGACUGAAAAUGAAUUGGAAGUCAAGGCCCCGUCAAAUAGUCACUUCAAGGGCUUUAUCAGUUGUGAGAUCUCCAAGAACCAGAAGCAUUUCUUCACCGUGUACCACUGCCUCAAAGAGAGUGUUGAGCACACCUCCAGCUCUGAAACUGAUCAGCUGUUUGCAGAUGUGAAGGAAGUGAUCAAAGAGAUACGCUCUGACUGGUACAGCCUGGCUAUAGAACUGGACAUUGACUAUGCAACUAGGAAGAGUCUUGAGAAGGACUAUCGCUGGGUUGAGCCGUGCUUUGAGGCCAUGCUGACACACUGGGUGAAGCGCUCCUCUCCUCCCCCCUCCUGGUGUGCCCUUAUUAGAGCACUAGAGUCUCCCGCCAUUGCUCGUGGGGACAUUGCAACAACCAUUAAGCAGACAAAAGCUACCAGCGACAUCUCUCCUGAUAUUUGUCAUCUUACUCAUGGUGGCCUGGCAGAGAGGAUAGACAUUGAACACCCUCUACUCAACAACGAGAUUGAGACAACAGAGUUCGUUUAUUUGGCGGCUCAUUUGGACAACGUGAAAAUGUACAGUCUAGCGUUGGGACUCACUCCUGCUCAGCAAGCUGAUGUGAGGCAGAUUAAAGUUUUAGAAGACACGCAAACGGCCAUGAUGCAAUGCUUGUCCCUGUGGCAGAGUAGAAACCCAGCUGCUGCAACUUAUAGAACUCUAGUGAAACUACUCCUAAGAUUAAAGAAAUAUGAGAUUGCAAGUAAAGUAUAUAAACAUUGCCUAGAUAAUAGUAAACUGACAUAGUACAUGUGUAGCGAAUUAUUUGUUUUGUAUCCUGUAUUUUUAUCAGGUUAGUAGAGUUUUAUACCGGUAGUGUGUUUUGUAUUGCCCGUAUAUAUUGGGUUCGUGUGACACGG